GGUUUGUAUAGUGUCUCUCUGUAUCUCGUCUUCGAAGUUGAGUAUCGAUAGCGUGCAGGCUAGAAGCUGAAGCACAAGCUCGAACCUACAAUUAACCAGGAUGAUGGAGACCGAUCAGCCUCCAGCCAAUCGUGCGGCGAUAUCAGCUUACACAUCCUCGCACGCCAUCCUAGACCGGACCUCGCGAAGUCAACCUCACCCAGAGCUUCGACCUUCUCUCCACCACCGAACACCUCCGCCUUGUAGCCAGCGCCUGGCUGCAACGGUGAACGACCGGCCCUACGAUGUAGCUCGCUUCGUGAAAGAGCACUCGAAGGAAGAGACGGUACUAUACCUUGCCUACGGCAGUAAUCUGGCAUACGAGAAGUUUCAGGAUCCCAAUGGCCGUGGUAUCAAGCCACUCGCUCAAAUCAAUGUUCAAGUGCCAACGUUGCGGAUGACCUUUGAUCUCCCUGGAAUUCCGUACAUUGAGCCGUGCUUUGCGAAUAGCGCGAUACGCGAACCAGAGCAUCGGCCUUUUGGACGUGAUGGGGUGGACGAGAAGAGCUCUCUCCUCCAUGGCAGUAGCAGGAGUCAAGACUACAGGAAAGACCGCUGGCACAAGGGCUUGAUAGGUGUAGUAUAUGAGGUGACGGCCGCAGACUACGCGCACAUCAUAGCGACAGAAGGAGGCGGAGCUUCAUACCAGGAUAUUUUGGUAGACUGCUAUCCACUGGCUAAUGAUCCUCGCGAUGCUGUCCCGCCCACCCCAAUCACAGCGCCAUUCAAGGCUCAUACACUGUUUGCGCCAGCUGCGCCAGACGGAGAGGAGCCACCAAAGGACGGUGGACGAUUUCAACGGCCCGACCAAGCCUACGCGCAAGCAUCUGCACGCUAUUUGAAGCUGCUCACAGAUGGCGCAGAGGAGUGCGAGCUGCCCUACGAAUAUCAAGAAUAUUUGCAUUCGCUUCACGCCUUCACCAUUACCACGAUGAGGCAGCGAGCGGGACAGGCGGUGAUGCUUGCCACAUGGGUACCGCUGGUGUUGCUAUUGUUUCAAAUUGCCAAACUGUUCGCAGACGAGAAUGGAGUGUUACCGGACUGGCUCAGCGGCGUCUUUGGGGUCACGUUCAAGGCAGUGUGGAUCAGCUAUGAUAUGGUGUUGAAGCCCAUUUUCGGGGAAGGUGAGAGGACUAUUGGCGAUGUUGGCGAUGCUGCCGAGCAGUUGAGCCGCGAUGGAAGCUUCGAUAUCGAGAAAGCGGCAGUGACCAGCAACAUGAACAGAUAAUGUGACAUGACGAGUGUGAAAGUACGGUACCCGUUCGUUCUUUCCAAAUUUGUGCCUCAGCAGGUAAGGCAGGCGCGUGGCCAGAGUUUAUCUUCAUCUUCCACCUCUCCAAUUCACCAACUCACCUCUGACUUCCGCGCACCACGUCCACCGCUCAUUACUUCACUUCUACACGCAAUGGUCGGUCAUGCCAUAUGAACUCAGCCGUGUCGAGACCAGUACUGCGAUCAAUAUCUCCUACAACUACUCUACCAGUCCGGCUCUGGGAACAGCAGGUCGGCAAGUCCAGGGCGCUCAUACAGAGGCCGCCGCAACAGAGAUCACCGAAGCUUCUUCAACACAAGUCGUCGAAGACUCGGUCGAACGCUCGCCAUUCACCGCGUGCCCCAAAGUGCGAGAAGACUUCGAUGAAGAUUACGACAUCACGCCACCAAAGAGUCUUGUAGUCUCCCUCAAGCUAGCGGAUCCAUUCCAGAGAACAGGCACAACAACACAUCGGUUGGGAAGAAAGAGCGGCGAGAAGAGUGACGCCAGCAUCGUUUUGUCAAAGGAAAGUCACACAGAAGGCAUGGCUCUCCCAAAGAAGACAGUGCCCAAGCUGCCUCAUACGGAAGCGAGAGAUCGUGGCGCGCUCGCUAGGCUCAGAGAGAGACGCGGCGAAGUCGUUGGCGAAAAGCGCAAGGCGCUGGAGCAAGAGGAGGUUGAAGAGAGCCGGCCACCCACGAAGACACCCAGGUCUGGUGGGACGCAGGGCGAUGCUGUCAUCAUCUCUGAUCACGAUGAAUCUAGUCCAGUGCCCGAAGACAUGAAUCCGAAGGCGAUUAGUCCAGCACCCGAAGCUCCUGGUCAACCUCAUGCUACUCUACCAAAGACUCCAGCCGUUAUACAAUCAAAUUCUCCGGUUACGAAAGACUUUGUCGAAAGUGGUGAUGCGGUCAUGUUCAAUACCAGAUUGCCAUCGUCGAGGAAGGCCAACAUCGUCGUGUUUGGAAAGAAAGGUCCACGCAACCAGGGCAUCCUCGCAGUUCGAACACCGGGUAUCAAGCCUGGACGCUUGUCCAUGCCGCCAUCAAAGGGCUUUGCUGCGGGACCGGGACGUGUCACCCCUGGAACUCGGUAUGGACGACCAUCUUUCAACGGCAGAAAGGCACCCUCUUCUGUUGCCACAACUCAACGUACCGACAAGUCUGCAAGGCGAGCAAAGUCCAGCAACGUGGCAAAUAGUGUCAGCCAGGCAUUGAAUGAGCUUUACCCCAAGUCCAAUACACCUGCAAUCUUCCCAGAACCUGCACCAGCCCAGCAUUAUGACGAUUUUCCCAACAUAGACGAAUUUGAUGAUGAAAUUGUAGACCCACCACUAAAAUUCAAGCCGACGGUCUCUCAAAAACAUACUGCACUGGAACGUCAUCAGCCCGAAGAACAGCGUAUCAUAUCGAGCAAUGUAAAGCCAGUACCAGCCUCGCCUCGAGCAGAGUCCACCACCAUCACUUGUCACAAUAUCACUGCUUCCAAGUCGAAGAAGCUGCUUAAGAGGAUUAAUCCUACUGAUCUGCUUGAGGAUCCUUUCACGACCCCCAGGGAGUUUGUUGCAGCGAAAGUUUAUCCAACUGCCGGCGAUUCCUCUGAAUCUGAGCCUGCGACUCAUGCUGAAGAGCAAGAAGGUCAAAACACUCCAGUGGCCUCCUCAGAUGACGAUUUUCUCGAUCAGGACGUGCAUGGCCGCCGCGACAUUCGUGCUUCAUCUGCCGACGAGGAGGAAAUCAUGGGCACGACGCUGAUUGAGCAUGAUGAGUCGGUCUCCCACAAGCUCAAGAGGCUUGGACUUGAUGCGGAAUCUCCACUUGCUUCGCAUGUCAAGAGGGACGUUUCAGACGACCUGGCCGCGUGGACAGCAUCUCUCAAGCCCCACCAGCUGAGCUUCUUUGACCAAAUGGUGGGCUUUGCGCAGCAGCUAUCUACGACGAUAUUUGAGAAUGAGAAUGUCGUCGAGCAGGCGAUGGACGAAUCUCAUCGCCGGACCCAGUUUAUGAUCGAGCAGGAGGAGAAGCAACGAACGAAGAAUUACCGUGAAAUGAAGAAGCUCUUCAAACGAAAGACGAAGGACAAGCUUGCUGAAGCUGAGGGGUACUACAAAGACCUCGUGGGACAGGCCGAGGAAUAUGAGCAAGAUAAGAAACAGAUGGAGAAGCAAAGGGCUGUGUGGGAAGCUGAAAACGAGGAGCUGGAGGCAUUUAUCAACGAGCAUUCCCUGUGA